GCCGGCUGCCGUCUGCGAUUCGCUAAAGCAUGCAGUUGGGAGAGCAGCUCCUGGUGAGCUCAGUGAACCUGCCGGGCGCGCACUUCUACUCGCUAGAGAGUGCUCGCGGAGGAGGAGGAGGAGGAGGAGGCGGAGGAGGGGGAGGUGGAGGGAUCGUCAGCCUCCUCCCCGGUGCUGCCCCCUCGCCCCAGAGGCUGGACUUAGACAAAGCGUCCAAGAAGUUUCCAGGCAGUCUCCCGUGCCAGGCGGGGAGCACAGAACCCGCAGGCGCCAGCGCGGGGGCUCCCGCGGCCAUGCUCAGUGACGCGGACACCGGGGACACUUUCGGCAGCGCCUCGGCGGUGGCCAAGCCCGGGCCCCCGGACGGCCGCAAGGGCUCUCCGUGCGCGGAGGAGGAGCUGCCCUCCGCCGCCACUGCCGCGGCCACUGCGCGCUACUCCAUGGACAGCCUGAGCUCCGAGCGCUACUACCUCCCGUCGCCGGGACCGCAGGGCUCCGAGCUCGCCGCGCCCUGCUCGCUCUUCCAGUACCCGGCGGCGGCUGGAACGGCCCACGGAUCCGUGUACCCCGCGUCCAAUGGCGCGCGCUACCCCUACGGCUCCAUGCUGCCCCCCCGUGGAUUCCCCGCCGCCGUGUGCCCGCCCGCGAGGGCGCAGUUCGGCCCCGCCGCAGGCUCGGGGAGCGCCGCUGGUAGCAGCGGCGGCGGGGCCGGCGGUCCUGGCGCCUAUCCCUACGGCCAGGGCUCCCCGCUUUACGGGCCAUACGCCGGAACCUCAGCGGCAGGGUCUUGCGGAGGACUGGGGGGCCUAGGGGUGCCUGGCUCCGGCUUCCGCGCCCAUGUCUACCUGUGCAACCGGCCCCUAUGGCUCAAAUUCCAUCGGCACCAAACUGAGAUGAUCAUCACCAAACAGGGCAGGCGCAUGUUUCCUUUCUUGAGCUUCAACAUAAACGGACUCAAUCCCACCGCCCACUACAAUGUGUUCGUGGAAGUGGUUCUGGCUGACCCUAACCACUGGCGCUUCCAGGGGGGCAAGUGGGUGACCUGCGGCAAAGCGGACAAUAACAUGCAGGGCAACAAGAUGUACGUUCACCCAGAAUCUCCCAACACUGGCUCCCACUGGAUGAGGCAGGAGAUUUCCUUUGGGAAGUUAAAACUCACCAAUAACAAAGGCGCUAACAACAACAACACACAGAUGAUAGUGUUGCAAUCUUUGCACAAAUACCAACCACGACUGCACAUCGUGGAAGUGACAGAGGAUGGUGUGGAGGACUUGAAUGAGCCUUCCAAGACCCAGACCUUCACCUUCUCAGAGACACAAUUCAUCGCCGUGACUGCCUACCAAAACACGGAUAUUACCCAGCUCAAGAUCGACCAUAACCCCUUCGCCAAAGGCUUCCGGGACAACUACGAUUCCAUGUACACCGCAUCAGAAAAUGACAGGUUAACUCCAUCUCCCACGGAUUCUCCUAGAUCCCAUCAGAUUGUCCCUGGAGGUCGGUACGGCGUUCAAAACUUCUUCCCGGAGCCCUUUGUCAACACUUUGCCUCAAGCCCGAUAUUAUAACGGUGAGAGAACCGUGCCACAGACCAACGGCCUCCUCUCACCCCAGCAGAGCGAAGAGGUGGCCAACCCUCCCCAGCGGUGGCUUGUCACGCCUGUCCAGCAACCUGUGACCAACAAGCUAGACAUCGGCUCCUAUGAAUCUGAAUACACUUCCAGUCCCUUGCUCCCGUAUGGUAUCAAGUCCUUGCCCCUCCAGACAUCCCAUGCCCUGGGAUAUUAUCCUGACCCGACCUUCCCUGCGAUGGCAGGGUGGGGAGGUCGGGGCGCUUAUCAGAGGAAGAUGGCAGCUGGACUACCAUGGACCUCCAGAAUGAGCCCACCUGUCUUUCCAGAAGAUCAGCUUGCCAAGGAAAAAGUCAAAGAAGAGAUUAGCUCCUCCUGGAUAGAGACUCCACCCUCCAUCAAGUCUCUAGACUCCAACGAUUCCGGGGUGUACAACAGUGCUUGCAAGAGAAAGCGCCUGUCUCCCAGCACCUCCAGCAAUGGAAAUUCGCCCCCCAUAAAGUGUGAGGACAUUAACACUGAGGAGUACAGUAAAGACACCUCAAAAGGCAUGGGGGCGUAUUAUGCUUUCUACACGACUCCUUAAAGCGUUCUUUUAACCUCUAAUGUCUUACCAGAUGGACCUGGUGGUGUUUUGUUGUUCUCUUUGCCUAGGUUACCAAAAAGACUUUUGCCUUCCACCUUUGAUGUAUCCUGUUUUGUGCAAUUCUCUGAGAGAAGGCGCCAAAGCUCUGCCAUGGCCGCAGGUAACUAACUGAACCAGACCUAGCAAGAAAUUGGUUUCUUUCUUUGUAAAAUAAAGCUAUGAAGGACUCAGGAGUGUUUUAAAACUCAGAGGUCAUUCAAGGUGCUGGAUUCAUUUAUGGGAAAGGAAAUGAGAAACAUUCGGAAAAGGCAAGCUAUGAAGAGUGAGUACCAGGUGCUAUUAAAUGAAUUUCAAAAGCAAGAAAACAUGACAGAAAACAAACAAACAAGGAAAAAAAAAAACCCUUUGGCUCUCAUUUCUACUCGUAAAUCUUUAAGCAAACAGCAACCCAGAGGGUUAAAAUAUUUUUGCUUCAAGAAGAGAAGGAUUGGGCCUUGAGUUCCAACAGUGGACUCUUCACAGAGAUAGCUUCUGCCAUGGGCUGAAGAGGCUGAGCCUGAGAGUCAAGGGGAAAAAAAAAAAAAAACCCUAAUGUUCAAGUGGCUAACUUGUAUUCACUGCCUGCAAUUCCUUGCAGAAUUUUGGAAUAAACCAUUUGUUAUAGGGCUGGCUCUGUGUGGCUGGGAUGACCUGUAGAAGGCAGGAGGAUCAGAGAGGAAGAGAGAAAUUACAUGUACAAUUGUAUGUUUAGACACCUUAGAAUAAUCUGGAAUCUAUUGUACAAAUUCAACUGCCUAGGUAUCAGAUAAAAAUAAUGUAAAGUUGGUGCUUUGGCGUUGUAAAGAGUUUUCCGAAACACAGCUGCAGGGUUAAGAGGAGGGAUUCACAUCUUGGAGAUAUUCUGUCUACUUAGCUAAAUACUCAGCUGCCUCCUUACUCACUUCUACCUACCACGCUUAAAGGGGGAAAAAAAUCCUGCUUAAUUCU